AUGGGCGGGUCGUAAGUUUUUUUUAUAGUGUUGAACCUGAUCCAGAGGCAAAAAACGUAUCAUUUUGCGUCCGGGAGGUAUCCAAAAUGUGGCAAAAUGCUUCCCUAUCCAAGUGAAAAAACUUCGUCUUCAAAAGCGCGCCCUUCAAAACGAAGUUUUUUCACUUGGAGAUGGAAGCAUUUCGCCUCAUUUUUGAUGCUUCCCGAAUGCAAAAUGGUACGUUUUUUGCCGCUUGAUCAGGUCCGUCACUGUAGACAGUCGUUGUAGUACCGUUCUUUCUGCACUGAUCGACCGACUCAGCCCGUAUUUUUCUUCAUUUUUAGAGAGUCGAAGCCAGAGCGCAAUCGAUUCCCCAUGGUUCCGCACCGGCCGAUUUUGAGGAAGCCGUUGAAUCGUAGCAAGAACAACAAGAAGAAAAGCAAGAAGUCGCCGAAGAAUCUGAGCAAGGAGGACAGACUCCCGCAUAAAACAACGACUCCUCCAAGCGGUACUGCGGUUGAGGUAAGGUCUAGGUAGAGGUGACGUCAUUGGUCAUCAUGAUGAUGAUAAUCUGUUAUUAAUAGUGGAUUCGACACCCAAAAAUACUUUUUUAGAGUUAAAUAUGGCCUGUUUGUUGAGUUUUUUAGUUUAUUGAAAAAUUUGGAAUACAUUUUUGUGGAUACACUGGCAAAAAAUUAUAUUGUAGUAGGUGGUCUAUUAUAAUAUAAAAAUUUUACGUUGACAUACCCGCUUCGUCCCUGUCCUUGUGUUGGGCGUAUUAUCAGUUUUAAGGGAUUCAGAGAAGUAUAUUGCGAUAUAUCUGAAGCAUAUUACACUAGACGUUAUCUAUGGUGGCGGACCUGAUCCAGUGGCAAAAAACGUACCAUUUUGCAUCCGGGAAGUAUCAAAAAACGCGGCAAAAUACGUCACUCCCCAAGUGAAAAAAACUCAGAUUUCAAAAACCCUUCAAAACGGAGUUUUUUUUAUUUGGAGAGUGAGGUUUUUUGCCACAUUUUUGAUACUUUCAAGAUGCAAGAUGGUACUUUUUUUGUCACUUUUUUGCCAUCAGGUCCUGUAACACCUAUUUUGGGUCCAGAAACCGCCUUAAGUCAUAGCCAUGGCCUUCUCAAUUUCCCUCGUUCAUUCCAGAACACCCCCACCCCUGAAGUUCGUGAUCCUCGUCCGGAACCGAUUCCAUCCUCUUCCGAAACCAACACUACCCCAGUAUUGGGCAUAACUCAGUCCGAAGAGAUUGCCAGCGUUCCCAAGAAGCCGCUGAGCAAAAAGAGCACCGAAGAGGACGAUUAUAUUCUCGCGGCGGAGAAGAAGAAGCGUUUCCAGAAGCGGGAGAAGUUAACCGCCGACGAGCCGACCAACUUUGUCAAGGUUCAAGGGGGCCAAAGACCCGCGGUUUCGAAGCAAAAAGAGAAGGCGCUGAAGAAAAAGAAGAGAAAGGGUAAGCGAAUAGUGAUGUCAAUUUUCUUGGAGAUCAAGAAUUUGAAGCUUAGAAAUUCUUGUCACCGAUUUUUGACUAAAAUUUUAAAAAAAUCAUCAAAAUUUGUCAUGGAUAAUAUAAUGACUGAUUAUGGCGAUUUCUUGCUCUACAGUGCUUGAAAAUCAUAUGUCACGAUUAUACCAGCCUUUUCCAACGUUAUUGAGAAGUUUCCCGCUGUAAAAAUUCAAAUUGACCGAUUUCCCGCCAUGCCUUGGCAUUAUGUUGCAAGUGUCGAUUUCGACCGGUAAAUAGUUGAAAUGUGAAAAAGCAGCGAAUUUAUGAAUAUUUGUGAUGCAUAAUACUCCAGGCUCAUAUUUCGCAGCAUUUUGAGACCAAAUUCAUAUUAUUCAUGAGAAAUUUGUUGAUAUUUUUUUUUUCAAAAGCCGCGGUUUUCUCAAAAACUACAACUCAAAGCUCUAAUAACCAGCUCUGACCCUGAAAACCAGUCGAAUUCCCGCAACUCCUUUUUUGAAUUUCUGGUUUUGCUAAGGUCAAGUCUUCAUUUUGCGGCUUUCGGGAUGAUUCGAAGCCCGAUAACUGAUGUUUAUCGGCAAUUAAUGUGUCCGUUUUUUUGCAGGGCCGGUCUGUGAUGAUGCGAAUCUGGUCACGGCGAACACGUAAGUUGUUUUUUUGUAAGUUUGUAAAGUUUUGAGACAAAAUUUAUAUUAUACUUGAUGACAUUACAGUACGGCCGACGAGGACGCGGUCACCAACGACACUACCGGCGUGACAGAUACGGUUGACACGACCGGGGAUGCGCUGCUGUUCUCGGCGCACGAUGGCUUGGAUUCGGUGAAAACGGCCAGAGAAAAGGAGGAAAAAUGA